AUGUGGAAAGUGGCUGGGAGCUUACUGGUUGGAGGCAAGCAAGGGGCAGAUUCCUGGACUCUGGCUCUCCUCUCACGGGACGAGUCAUUUAGCCUCAUCUUCAAGGGAGAUCAUGACGGUGAGUCAUUUAGCCUCAUCUUCAAGGGAGAUCAUGACGGUGCCUAUCUUGCAGAGUCCUCGCACUGUGGAGAGAAACUGAACGCCAGAAGGGUACGACGAGAGCGCAAGUGUGGGAAGCGGGAGGCAGGGGGUCGCCGGGUGCUGGGGAGGGGAGAGCGAGAGGUGGGAGAACGGCGCAUCCUGAUAAUCCAGGAGCAAUGGAACCUUACUUGGAAAAUCGGUCUUUAUGGAGGUAGUGAAGACGAGGUCAUGCUGAAGCGGGCCCCUAAUCCAGGACGUCUGCUGUUCUUUCAAGAAGGUGGCCACGUGCCUCAAGGUGAUGGAAAAUUAAUUCUCUAUCCCAGUGGGAUUGUCUUCCAAAUUCUCUUUCCUGAUGAAUCAGGCCAAAUACACUAUCCAUCAGGAAAGCUGGCUAUGCUCAUCCUCAGUACAAAACAGAGAAAGUUCAUAUAUAUCAUUCUAGAAGACAGUGAACAAGGUUGUGUCCGGGCCCUUAUCAACAACUCUGGCCAUGCCACCUUCUACGAUGAAAACAAAGCAAUCUGGUUGAGCCUGAGCCAAAACCUGGGCUACUACUUCCCCAAAGGCAAAUACCAGAAGGCCUGGAACUGGUGGAAUCUGAACCUGCACGUCCACGCGCCGCCCGUCCAGUCCAUCUCCUUGAAAAUCAACCAGUACAUCAAAGUACAAAUAAGGAGCCAGGACAAGAUCACCUUCUGCUUCAACCACCAACAGAAGCACAUCCGCUUAAACCUGGGCACCAAGUACAAGUCCAUAACCCCGGAGGUGCUGAGUGAAAUGAGGCAGAAAGCAAUCCUGGAGGUAGAAUGUGGUUCAGCGGCCCGGAAGAUGCAGAUCCUCCUGGGAAAAAUGAGUAGGCUCCUGAAUUUCCUGACCAUCCCUGAUUUGGAAAACUUCAUAGCGGCUGCCAGUUCCUUGGCAGUAGGCAACAUGAAACGGAAGGAGAAAUCGUACCUCCCAGACUAGGACAGCCACCAGCUGGUGACCGGCCACCCACCCACCCCACCCCACCCCCCGCCCCCCACCAGCAUCCGCUGAGCAUCUCAGAAAGGUGGAGUCAUCAGGAACACCAAGGAAAACCCCAAAGCCCUCUUCAUGUCUUCUGAGGGUUGGUUUGUCAUUUGGGACUUAUCACAGCGCCUCAGUUUGGAAAACCAUUUUUCAAGGGGCUAAGAGACUCUGUAGCCGGGCACAGAAAAGACUCGGCCCUGAGCCGAUAGCACGAGAAGCGCGUUGUUUCAGUAGGCAAUACAUGUCAACACCCGUCCCGCUCGCUUCCACUGGUCACUUCCACGUGGAAGCCUACUUGGGUUGACUCAGGACACAGACGGUCUCAAAGCCAGCCUCUCCCAGCUGGCUGGAUCAGGAGGCCACUCUUGGUGCAGUCCUGUGUGGUAAGGAAGGGCGGGGCUGUGUCUUGAUAUCUCUGCGGGGGGAGGGGCAGUUUCUAGAAAAGGGGGACUUAGGGGCCGGACAGCCCCCUACUGUGU